AUGGACAAUACCAAAUCGGCACUCAUUGGAGUAUCAUCAACCGACAUGUCUACUAGAGACCCCAAUGUCGUCGUUGACAAUCGGGAUCUGGAAUCUACGGCCACGGACCCCCCACCCCUCGCAAGUGCCUUUGUCAAUCUGAACAAGUGGCAAGCCACCAGGACAUUUUGGCGCGCAACCUUGUGCUGUUUUUUUGCAGGUUUCUGCGUACUCAUGGAAGGGUACCAGGCCUCUCUUUCGGGCAGUGUUGUGAGCAACUCCGGGUUUAUUCACCAAUUCGGCACUGUCAUAUCUGCGGAUGGCAAGAAGUCACUCGAUGCCCGCUACGUGUCCGCCUGGGGUGGCACUGGGAUCAUUCUGGAGAUGUUUGUGUCCAACAUGCCAGGUUGGCUUGGUGCCAAAAUUGUUACAGGUAUGGCUUCGGGAAUGGGCCAGGCUACCUCCCUUCUGUAUCUAUCUGAAGUGGCCCCUUCUCAAACACGUGGCGCGCUCAUGUGCUGCUACGCCCUAUUCCUCGCUCUUGGACAGCUCUCCGCCUCUGUCGCCCUCCUCAUUGUCAAAGACACAGUCCCCGAACAGUGGCGUCGUGCAAUCUACUCGCAAUGGGUUCUGGUCAGUCUGUUCCUCGUAUGUCUACCGUUCCUUGCCGAGUCGCCAUGGUACUACGCACGCAAGGGCCAAGACGACAGGGCUAAAGGAGCCCUCAAGCGUCUCUACGGAAUGAUCAAGGGCUACGACAUUGAGCAUGAGUAUGCUGUAAUGAAGGCCGAGUUGGACCACGAGCAGGCCAUGCGGCGCGACCUCCAUGACUCUACCUUCAAGGAAAUUUGGAUGGGGACGAAUCUGUGGCGCACGCUCCCCAGCUUUUUCGGAGUGAUCAUGGUCCAGUGGUCCGGCGCCACCCUACUUGUGUUCAUGGUCGGGGUAUCAUUCUACAGCACUGAGCGUUUCGGUCGUCGCACUCUCGUGUUUGUGGGUGGGAUAGGCUGUUUCGUGUGCAACAUUGUCUUGGGAACUCUUGGCGUCGUCAAACGUACCGACGUCGUGCUUAACGUAACGCUGGCGGUCAUUUGCAUCUGGGUACUGUUUUACGCUGGCUGUCUUGGCGGCGUCUGCUGGGGCCUUACGUCGGAAAUCUCAACGCCCCGACUGCGAGCGCGUACGACGGGCAUAGUCGUCAACAUGUCCACCUGCUUUAGUCUGCUGUUUGGGUACACCGUGCCCCUCAUGCUUGCGGCUAAGGGCUCCGGCGCACGAAACUGGGGCGUGAAGACAAUGUACCUCUUUGCCUGUCUCGGGGGUAUCGGGCUCGUGGUCAACUACUUCCUCCUUCCCGAGGUCCGUGGGCGGACUUUUGCCGAGGUGGAUGAGAUGUUUGAGGUUGGUGUGCCACCACGUAAGACCAAGAGCUACGUGACACGGGCCCAGCGGUCCGGCCAAAAGCACUAG